AUGGUGCAGCUAGGCUGAAAAGGGGAAACUGUCAGAAGAUAAUGAGAUUUCUUACAUAGAUGCAAGAAACAUUCCUGUCAAUGUAGCGCCUGCAAAACUUUGUCAGAAGUCCAGUUCUUGAUUGGAAGAUUUUAUUCUUUUUCUUGUUUUAAUUGCUGGAAGUUGGAAUAGUUAAACUAUCUGUUCGGGCAACAUUCUGAAAUGUUUAAGUCCUGAACAGCUGAUAAAAGUGGUCUGCUUGCAGCAAGUUCUAUAAAUUAAGUUGUCCCUGCCUGUCUUUCCAAGUCUUGGUCAGAGAAGAAACUUAAUACUGUAUUUUAUGUGGUUCCCCUCCCUUCCCCCACCCCAUUUUGGGAAGAGUGAGGGACUUGGAAAUGAGUCCUGAUGGUAACGUUAGUGAUAAUAAAUAAGAGCAAUUGGAAAAAGGGCACGCAUGGAUGAGACUUCUCUGUAAGUGAACACAGUUAACAAGCAGCUGUAGAGAAAAAAAUCAGACUUCUUUCAGAGGGCUUUCAGAGAAAUCCAUCCUGAUGGAAGGGGAGGCAGCAGGGAGUUCUAUGCCAGCCAGCAAGAGAGCAGCCAGCAAACCGAUGCGGAUUGCCCUUGGCGUGUUUGUGAGCAGCACGGCUGUGCUUGGCACUGCACUUUUCCUGGUUAGCCAAGGUCUUAUAAAAUUUAAUCCCAAACAACAGUAUUGCUUGACUUCUGAAUGCAUUGAAGCUGCUGCUGCCAUCAGAAGCAAACUUAAUAUAUCUGUGGAUCCCUGUGAUAAUUUUUUUCGGUUUGCCUGUGAAGGAUGGAUAGAGAAUAAUCCAAUUCCUGAAGAUGCAUCAAAUUAUGGAAUCUAUCCUUGGCUGAGGCACAAUGUCGACCUCAAGCUGAAAGUUCUCCUUGAGAAACCUCUGAGCAAAAGGCGAGACAGUGAAGCUGUACAGAAGGCCAAGAUUCUUUAUUCUUCAUGCAUGAAUGAGAAUAAGAUAGAGAAAGCUGAUGCAAAGCCCCUUUUGAGCAUGCUGAAACAUUCUCCAUUCCGCUGGCCUGUGCUGGAAUCGAACAUUGGGCCUGAAGGAUUGUGGUCAGAAAGGAAGUUCAGCAUGCUCCAGACCCUGGCUGCCCUUCGUGGUCAAUAUAGCAGUUCUGUUUUCAUCCGAAUGUAUGUGGCUUCUGAUGAUAAGAUCUCUAAUGAGCACGUCAUCAAGCUAGACCAAGGAUCUUUGUCUCUAUCAGCACAGGAAGACUACCUAGAGAACACCACUGAAGCUAAAUCUUACAGAGAUGCCCUGUUCCAGUUCAUGGUUGAUACAGCCGUGCUUUUGGGUGCCAAUGCUUCGCGUGCAGAAUUGGACAUGAAGUCUGUGCUUAAACUCGAAGUCAAAAUAGCUGAGAUAAUGAUUCCACAUGAGAAUCGAACCAGUGAAUCUAUGUACAACAAAAUGAACAUAUCGGAACUUAGCACCAUGACCCCCCAGUUUGACUGGCUGGGGUACAUCAAGAAGGUGAUUGACACCAAGCUCUAUCCUGAGCUUAAAGACAUAGAUGCUUCAGAAAAUGUGAUUGUUCGUGUGCCCCAGUACUUCAAGGAUUUAUUCAGGAUACUAGAAAGCGAAAGAAAAAAGACUAUUGCCAACUAUCUGGUAUGGAGAAUGGUUUAUUCAAGAAUAUUUAACCUCAGCCGACAUUUUCAAUAUAGGUGGUUGGAAUUUUCAAGGGUAAUCCAGGGGACAACCUCCUUGCUGCCUCAAUGGGAUAAAUGUGUAAACUUUGUGGAAAGUGCUCUCCCUUAUGUUUCUGGAAGAAUGUUUGUAGAUCUGCAUUUCCAAGAAGACAAAAGGGAAAUGAUGGCAGAGUUGACUGAAGGGAUUCGUUGGGCCUUUAUGGACAUGCUGGAGAAAGAAAACACCUGGAUGGAUUUGGAAACAAAAAGAAGAGCGAUUGAAAAGGCAAAAGCAGUUUUGGCAAAAGUGGGUUACCCUGAAUUUAUAAUGAAUGAUACAUAUAUUUCUGAAGGCAUCAAAACAAUGAAGUUUUCAGAAACGGACUAUUUCGGCAAUGUACUUCAGACCCGCAAACAGGCAGCACAGUCUGAUUUCUACUGGCUGAGAAAAGAAGUUCCAAAAACAGAGUGGUUUACUAGUCCAACAACUGUCAAUGCCUUUUAUAGUUCAUCUACAAAUCAAAUCAGAUUCCCAGCAGGAGAGCUCCAGAAGCCUUUCUUUUGGGGAACAGAAUAUCCCAGAUCUUUAAGCUAUGGUGCCAUUGGAGUAAUUGUUGGGCAUGAGUUUACCCAUGGGUUUGAUAAUAAUGGCCGUAAAUAUGACAAGAAGGGAAAUUUGGGUCCCUGGUGGUCUUUGGAAUCUGAAGAGAAAUUUAAAGAGAAAACAAAAUGUAUGGUCAAUCAGUACAACAGCUAUUACUGGAAGAAAGCGAGCUUGAAUGUAAAAGGAAAGAGAACAUUGGCAGAAAACAUUGCAGACAAUGGAGGUUUGCGACAGGCUUUCAAGGCCUAUAGGAAGUGGAUCAAAGAAAAGAGACAAGGAGAGGAAGAGGCCUUAUUACCAGGCAUUGACUUCACCCACAAUCAGCUCUUCUUUCUGAGUUAUGCUCAUGUGAGAUGUAAUGCCUUUAGACCAGAAAGUGCGAGAGAGCAAAUCUACACUGGAGUUCACAGCCCUCCUCAGUUCAGAGUUAUUGGUGCUAUGAGUAAUUUUGAGGAGUUCCAGAAAGCUUUCAACUGCCCAGAAAAUACUACAAUGAAUCGAGGUGCAGACUCCUGUCGGCUUUGGUAGUGAUUGCUCCAGAAUCCUGUGCUGGAAUCACUUCCUGAAAUCACUCUCUCAUUUCAACAGUUCCAGACUGUUAAUGAGCUACUGUUGCAUCAGAACAGCAUCAGACAACUGUGGACCAGAUUUGUUGUUUUGUAUGCCUUUUUAUCUGUAGGUGACCUGCAUAGAUCUACUAUUUAAUUGCUUGUUCAAGAUAUUACAACUGUUCAAAAUAUAUAGUGUAUAGAAAAGGACAGAACUUAUCAGAGAAAUAUAUACAGAUGGUUCGUUACUUACGGAUUAUUUUCAUAAAUAAUUCUACUCUAUGAUUUAGCAGGUUGACCUCUACGUAUAUUUAUUCAGAAGUAUGUCCCGCUCUAUUCAAUGGACUUUACUCACAAAGAAGUGUAGUACGAUUGCAGGCUUAAGUGAACAGGAUUUAAAUGGAUUGAACUUCUGCUUUUCAGAACACAGGCGUGGAGAAACCAUCUGUGUCUGGUGGCCAUGAUGCUGUUUUAGUUGAUGGGUACAUCCAAAAACAUCCACACUUUCUAUCACACACACUCUCUCAACACACAGCAGCCAUGUGUAUAUUUUCCAUAACUCCCUCCUCCCAAAUAAAAAAUAGCUUUGGGAGUUUGAGUGAAGGGAAAGCAGGUGAUGUUGGGGCUGCUUAACCCUUUUCCAUUCUGUUUGCCCCUCAAUAUUCCACUUGCCCUCUGAGCUGUUUUUUCCCCUUGUGGUAAAAAAAGACUGCCUAGUUGGAGCUUUAGGCAUGUCUGUCCAUCCUUCCUUCCUUCCUUGCAUGUGUACAUAUGUAUGCUUGCUGAUGCACUAUUUCCACAGCCCUAUAGGAAUAUGGAAUAGUGUAUUUGCAACCAUACAUAAGUCUAGUUCCAACCCAGUGGCAAAGACUGCUACUAAGAACAGAAGGAAGGAGGCAGUCUUUCUUGUUUUUUUGUGCUAACCUCACUCUUUUCCCUCCCACCCAAAGCUUAAGGUUGCACUUAAGCCACACACACCCCACAACUGGCUGAUAAUGUAUCGCAUACAUGGAACUGGGACCAAAGCAAAGCAGACUUAUCUCUUCAGCAGGGAAGUGCUGCAGUGAAAACAGAAAGCAAAUCUCUGACUGUAUAUGCUGAUCUUUCCCACAUGCACAUGCCCCUGCUGUGGAUUCCAGCCAUUGUUUGUAGACCUUGGAUGUUUUACUCAUUACAUAACUGUGAAAUGUAUAAUUCAGAUUCAGAAAAUAAAACCUCCCUGGUGCCUGGAAAGGCAGAUGUCUGGUCCCAUUGUGAUAAUUUAAGCACUCUCCUACAUCUCUUUAGCUGUUUGGUUGUUCCCGCACUGGUUUGGGUGCAUAUAAAACCUCUGUGUGGUCUAUCCUAACUGGGUUGGACACAGACAUCUGCACUUAGUUUCCAUUGCAAUAAAAGGGAUUUAAGUCAAGUCGUGAAUAACUUGUCACAUUUAUUUCAAUAGGGCCUAUGUGCAAGUAACUAACUCUGCAAUCCUAACUCCACUUUCCUGGCAGUAAGCCCCAAUGAAUUCAAUAACAGGACUUCUGAGUAAACAUGGUUAGGAUUGCACUUUGUCUGAAUCCCACCCACUGUAUUUACACAUAAAAUAAGUGACAAACCUCCUGAAAAGGUGGGUGUUGCUUCCAUGGUAUGUAAACAUGGCAUCAGGAUGGUCCAUGUAUACAGAAGCCUUUACGCAUACUCAAAACUAUUGUAGGUGCACUGUGAAAGAAGCAGCACUCCUGCUGCUAAAGGCAAAUGUAAAGAGCCAGAGAGUCUUAGCUGGCUUCUAGUUUUUCUUGCAGUUUUAUUUGUUGCAUAACCAUUUCAGGAAUAAAUAUUACAAGAGUACAACAAAUGUUUUUUUUAAUGACUGCUGUAUACAUUUUUGCACAUUUUAUUUUUAAGGGAAUGGAAAUGACUGCUAAUUAGCUGAUGUAGAGGGAUUUUAUAAACUAUAUCAUAGAAUAAAAGCUUUCCAGAAUA